AUGAGGAUUGGAGAUGGCAAUGAACCUGCUAAAGAGGAUGACAUGGUCAAGAUGCCUGCUGAAAUUGUAAUACCAUGGGGAGGAGAAAGCUCCAUAAAAAAGCUUAUACAACAUACAUUUCCCCAAUUAGAAAACCAUGGAUGGGAUGCUUCAUAUAUGGUGGAGAGAGCCAUACUUACUCCCAAAAAUUGUGAUGUACAUAUGUUGAAUGACAUGAUUAUUAAUAAGUUCCCUGGAGAUGAACAUAUUUUGUUAUCUUUUGAUGAGGUUGAGGGUGAUACUCAUAAUCUAUAUCAACAGGAAUACUUACACACAAUUGCUCCUGGUACUUUACCACCACAUAUUUUAAAGAUAAAAAUAGGGAAUUUGCUUGAUGUUGAAAUACUUACAGACCACAACGCUGGAAAAAGAGCUUUCUUGCCAAGAAUUAAGCUCAAAACCACUGAUGGUGCAGGACUUCCUUUUGUGCUUAUUAGAAAACAGUUUCCUGUCAAACUAUGUUUUGGAAUCACUAUAAAUAAAUCACAAGGACAAACAAUUCCAAAUGUCGGAAUUUAUAUUCCACGACAUGUUUUCAGUCACGGACAAUUGUAUGUUGCUUUAUCAAGAGGUGUUUCGCGGGCUGCAACAAGAGUGCUAAUUAAAGACGGAAAAGUAGAGGGGGAAGAAGGGGAUUUUACCAAAAAUAUAGUUUUUAAAGAAAUUUUGUUGUCACAACCUCAGGUUUGUAUUUCAAAAUCAAGAGAGACUAUUUGCUCUGGGUUCUAUUUUGGAACAGAUUUAGUAAAUCCUCAACAUUCUCUAAUAUUGGAAGAGUUCAAUCUUCAUGGAUUGUAA